AUGGUUCGCUCGUACUCUAAGUAUGAGCAGUCGCAAGCCUUCGCUGUCGUAAAUUCGGCCUCAUCCAACCUAGUCUGGACGGCGGAUAGCUCUAUUCCAAUUGGAUCUGGCCGGUCCUCCGGCGCUGGACGCGCAUAUGUUGGCGCGAACGAGGAAGUCCUGUGCUGGGAUGUGAAGAAAGGCGAACUGCUCAGCAGAUGGCGCGAUACUGCCAGUACUACCCAGGUCACUGCUAUUGCUCGUAGCGGAGCAGACCAGGAUGUGUUCGCCGUUGGUUAUGAAGACGGCAGCAUUCGCAUUUGGGAUGAACGAACCGCUACUAUAAUCAUAAGCUUCAACGGCCACAAGUCCGCCAUCACCACCCUCACUUUUGAUGCAUCCGGUGUACGAUUGGCAAGUGGUGGCAGAGAUACGGAUAUUAUACUCUGGGACUUGGUGGCUGAAGUAGGUCUAUUCAAGCUACGAGGGCAUAAGGCACAGAUCACAGCCCUUCAUUUCCUUCACACUGGGACGGACGAUGUCCGCGAAAGAGAUUCCAUGAUUCCCACAGGUUUGGAGACUGAGCAGGUCUUCCUUCUUUCCACUGGCAAAGAUGCUCUCAUCAAACUAUGGGACGUGCACACCCAACAUUGCGUGGAAACGCAUGUGGCCCAGUCCAAUGGUGAGUGUUGGGCCAUGGGAGUGUCUCCUGACUCCAGCGGGUGCAUUACCGCUGGCAAUGAUGGCGAGUUGAAGGUGUGGUCUAUUGACCUCGAGGGUCUCCGACAUUCUGCAGCUAAAAUAGGAGACCUCGACGAGCUACGUUACUUGCGUGAAAGGGGCGUCCUCUACCGCCAGGGUAAAGAUCGGACCCUGGGCAUAUCCUUUCACGCCCAAACAGACUACGUUGCUAUCCAUGGCUCUGAGAAAGCCGUAGAAAUAUGGCGCAUUCGUACGGAAUCUGAAAUUCAAAAGAGCUUGGCUCGAAAACGAAAGAGGCGGCGUGAAAAGGCUGCUAGCAAUGAUACCAAGGAAAAGGAGGAAAAGGAGCAUGAUCAGGAGACUCAUGACAAGAUUGAAACAGCAGACGCUGACAUUGGCGAGGUAAUCGUGCCAUACGUUACAGUGCGCACCGGUGGUAAGGUCAGAGCAAUGACAUGGAUGAGCGUUCGAGACCAAAAGAAGUUGCAGCUACUAGCCUCUACGACCAACAACUCAAUCGAAGUGUUCGAGGUACCCCGGAGAAGCAAAACGAAGACACCAACGAAUGACGACGCGCCCGAAUAUAAUAGGGUGUAUUCGGUUGACCUGCCCGGCCACAGAACAGACAUCCGGGCCCUUGCUCUUAGCUCAGACGACCGGAUGUUACUCUCGGCAUCUAGCGGGAGCCUCAAAGUUUGGAAUGUGCGUACGCAGAGCUGUCUCCGCACACUUGAGUCUGGGUAUGCGCUAUGUUCUGCUUUCAUACCUGGAGACAGGAUAGCUAUCGCUGGGACUAAGGAUGGCCAGCUUGAGAUAUUCGAUAUUGCUUCGUCAGCACUAAUCGAGCGCAUGGAUGCCCACGACGGAUCGAUUUGGUCUCUGCAUGUACACCCUGAUGGACGUUCUGUCGCUACUGGCAGCGCCGAUAAUACUGUCAAAUUCUGGAAAUUUGAGAUAAUACAGGAAGAGAUCCCAGGGUCUAAGCGCACAUCACCUCGUCUCAAGCUUGUUCAUUUCCGCACGCUCAAGGUGAGCGACGAUGUUCUCAGCCUGCGCUUCUCGCCUGAUGGCCGCCUCCUCGCUGUCUCAACACUAGAUAAUACCGUCAAAGUAUUCUUCACGGACUCCCUGAAACUUUUUCUCAACCUCUAUGGGCAUAAACUACCCGUUCUCAAUAUAUCGAUCUCAUCAGACAGCAAACUUAUCGCGACAUGUAGCGCAGACAAGAAUGUCCGUCUCUGGGGCCUUGAUUUUGGAGACUGUCACAGGGCGUUCUUCGCCCAUAGUGAUAGCAUUAUGCAAGUCUCUUUCAUUCCACGUCCAAGCUCCAGCGAUGAGACCCACAUAUUUUUCAGCGCCAGCAAGGACCGACUAAUCAAGACUUGGGAUGGCGAUAAGUUUGAGCAGGUCCAAAAGCUUCAAGGCCACCAUGGCGAGAUAUGGGCUAUGGUUGUCAGUCAGACUGGCGACUUUGUUGUCACUGCAUCACACGACAAGAGCAUUCGAGUGUGGUCCCGAACCGACGAGCCAAUAUUCCUGGAGGAAGAGCGCGAAAAGGAUCUGGAAGAACUAUACGAGUCAACUCUUACCACGUCGCUGGAGAACGAUACAGAAUUACCGGAUGGUCAAGACGGAGCGGCUGCAGCAUCUAAGCAAACAAUAUCGACGCUGACAGCUGGCGAAAAGAUUGCAGAGGCGCUGGAGCUAGGGAUGGCCGACCUCGAGCUGGUGCGGGAUUGGGAGGUGCAAAAAGCAGCGAAACCGAGUCUUGCUCCGCCGCAGCGAGAUUUUGUCUUCCUUGCGCUUGGCAACAUUAGCGCAGAACGACAUGUUCUUAACACGCUCUCGAAGAUACCAGCAGCGCAGCUGCAUGAUGCGCUAUUAGUACUCCCCUUCUCCGCCCUACCAGCCCUGUUCACCUUCGUCGCCAUAUGGGUACGUCGCCAGUGGAACACGACGUUGGUGUGCCGGGUUUUGUUCUUCAUGCUGAAUACGCAUCAAAAGCAAAUUGUCGCAAGUCGUGAACUGAAAUCUAUGCUGGAAGGCAUGCGAUCAGAUCUUCGUCAAACUCUGGGAGGAAUGAAAGACGUUCUCGGGUUCAACAUAGCCGCCCUGCGAUUUGUAGGGGACCGUGUGCAAGAAAACGGUAUUUCAAGGUUGGAGGAUGUUGCAGCAGAGGACUCGCAGGCAAAUCGGAAAAGGGCAUUCAUAGAUGUUGCCUGAAAUCGAUGUGGGAAUAUACCUAGAAGGUAUCAUGCAAAGUAGAGAUAGGAGAAAUGGAAUGAGAAGGUGUCACUCGAAAGACUAAGACAGGAACAAAAUAGCUCAUGUUGAAGUUAUUUUGGCUGCGGCUAGCUAAAGCAUGCCCGCCCAUAAAAGGGCCCUUUCGGCAAAGCAAAUGGUAACAAGCCUCGUUGAUUCGCUUCUCGUGCUCGGCGGAUUUGAGAAUUCAGGGCAGAACAGUUGUGAAGAAAUCUCCACCACAGUACAGCUAGCAUAGAAGCAGUGCAGUGGACAUGAGAGAAUCCCACCCCGCCCAACUCCCUCCUCUCCAUAACGCCAAUACCGUCGCUAAAUCAAUGUGAAAUUGGCGAAGACACCGAAGAAGGGUCUUAUGGAAUCCUGGCUCGCCCGUCCGACUGGAUUUCAAGAAAACUUCCAUCUAUUUC